AUAAACUAGGGCAUCUCCAACAUUCUUGCGCCUAGCCCUAUAGCUCAGUUUUGCACUGUUUCCAUUUCCUUAGUAAUUAUUUUUCUUAUUUUUACCAAAUUAACCAAUAAAUUUGAUCUAUCUAGGGUUAGGAGGUGUGGAUCCGGCGCACAAUUUUGACCGAUCACAAAUUUUCCAAGGAUUAGGGUUUCGCACCUGUGUUCAUUGCCGCCACUGCAUAUACAUACAGCGAUAGAUACUAGUUUUGUCUUACACAUGUUUCCAGCUUGAGGAGUUUUGACCGAUUUGACGUAUUUUUUGUGUCAAUUGUCGUAAUUUACGAUUGAAUGUGGUUAUUGGAACUGUGAUCGGGGGAGUAGUGUUCAUUUGCUGUUGAUUUUGAGUAUUUUUCUUGUACAUUGGAAAACAAAAGUUGUUGUUGGGGAAAUUCUUGGGGGAUUUGAUUCUGAAGAAUGGAUAAGAAGAAGGUUGUAGCUCCAUUGGUCUGCCAUGGGCAUUCAAGACCCGUUGUUGAUUUGUUCUAUAGUCCGGUAACGCCUGAUGGGUUCUUCCUUGUUAGUGCAAGCAAGGAUUCAACACCAAUGUUGAGAAACGGAGAGACGGGAGAUUGGAUUGGGACCUUUCAAGGACAUAAGGGUGCAGUGUGGAGUUGUUGCCUCGAUAAACAAGCCAUGCGCGCUGCCUCUGCAUCUGCUGAUUUUUCUGCGAAAUUAUGGGAUGCAUUAACUGGGGAUGAACUGCAUUCAUUUGAGCACAAACACAUUGCCCGUGCCUGUUCUUUCUCAGAGGAUUCCCACUUGCUUUUAACUGGGGGAAUGGAAAAAGUUCUCCGCAUCUUUGAUCUAAAUAGGCCUGAUGCUCCUCCUAGGGAGAUUGAAAAGUCUCCUGGUUCUGUAAGGACUCUUUCAUGGCUCCACAGUGAUCAGACUAUCUUAGGUUCCUGUACUGAUAUGGGUGGUGUGAGGUUAUGGGAUGUGAGAACUGGAACAAUUGUUCGGACCCUUGACACUAAGGCUUCUGUAACCAGUGCUGAAGUGAGUCAAGAUGGCCGCUAUAUAACAACUGCUGAUGGAACAAGUGUAAAGUUUUGGGAUGCGAAUCACUUUGGGUUGGUAAAGAGUUAUGAGAUGCCGUGCAUUAUAGAAUCAGCUUCGAUGGAACCAAAGUAUGGCAACAAGUUCAUUGCUGGUGGAGAAGACAUGUGGGUUCACAUGUUUGAUUUCCACACAGGAGUUGAAAUUGGUUGCAACAAAGGCCACCAUGGUCCGGUGCACUGUGUACGUUUCUCACCAGGUGGCGAAUCAUAUGCCUCUGGAUCUGAAGAUGGAACUAUUAGGAUAUGGCAGACUGCUCCUCUGAACAACUCGGAGGAGGUAACAUCUGGUGCCACUACACACAGGCCGAGUCUAAAAGAAGUGGAUCAAGUUACUCAGCAGAUCGAAAAUGUCCAAAUUGCUGAAUACAACACGAAUGAUGUGAGCGAUAAGCCAAGUAGCCAGAAGGAACCGGAGGCAGACUAGGUUAAAGAUUUAUAUGUUUUCCUUUUGUGUGUGUGUUGUAGUUUUUUUGCCUGACCAGCAGCGAAGAAGGUUUGUAAGGGUGGCGUUAAAAGUUGGGUGCUUGAUCUUUUUUGCAAUAAACGUAAGGCUUAAAAUCCUUUGUCUUUGAUCGAAUGAUCCUUAUGAGUAAAAUGUGAUUGAAUCCCCA